UCUUUAUUGUUUCAAAAAUCGUAGAUUGAACUCUGGAUUAAAAGGGGAAUUCCCUACAGUUGUUGAUGGAUAAGAAAUAUAAAACUGUGUUUUUGCUGUACCUAUUACUACUUUAACAACACUUGAAAGCAAUGACGAUUUUAGUAGCAUGGAUUGUUUUUUCAAUGGCACUCAAGCUGUGUAAUGCUGGGGCAGCCCCAUCGAACUGUCACCACAGGUGUCCAGGAGGUGACAGCAAGUGCACCUUUACUGCCGGUGUAGGAUACCAUUGCAGAUGUAGCGCAGGGUGGACAGGAACUUACUGUGGCGUGAUAGAUUGUUCUUACCCUGGCUAUUGUAUGAACGGAGGCACGUGCAUUAAUUCUGGGUCAACAAGCUACACAUGCAACUGUGCUCCCGGUUGGGUUGGAAGCAACUGUCAACAAGUUGACUGCUCGUAUGAUGGCCACUGCUUCUAUCAUGGAUCCUGCUUACCGAGUUCAGAUUUGAGUGAUUUCAGCUGCGUUUGCAACUACGGAUGGAAAGACACGUACUGCGAAAGCAUAGAUAAGUGUACGCCAUACAGAAAUGCCGACAUGGUUUUUGUUCUUGAUGUCUCGCUGAGCGAAAAUAAAACCAGCUUUAGCCGACAUAAAGCGUUUAUGAUGGAGUUUGUAUCCAAGUUUUCCAAGUUUCCAAUCGGUUCUGAACAUCAUCAGUUUUCACUUGUAACCUUUUCGAUGGAGCCGGAAGUCAUUUUCUAUCUCAACGAUUUCACAGACAAGGAUUCUAUCGAACAUGCUAUUGAUCGAAUGACAGAAUCGACUGCAUGCGAUGGCUCAACGUAUCCUGAAAAGGCACUAGAUUUGAUUAGGUCAAAAAUAUUUGCACAAAGUUUUGGAGCAAGGCCAGGAGCAUUGAAAUACGUGUUUGUUUUAAGUGAUGGCCUUUAUUCACGUCCAGUCGAUGCAAAUCGGGAAGCAGUAAAUUUAAUGUCAGACACUGGAGCCAAAAUAUAUGGCGUCGCAACUGGUCGUCAAGUCGACCAUGGCGGACUCGUUGACAUUGCAUCGUCAGUUUUAGAAAUUUUCCCCAUGGUUGGAUCCGACCUUGUUCAAACUGUACUGAGAGAGACCAUGUUUGGAUGCGAAGGGUGUGUGCAACAUGGAUCGAACGUUUUGUUGGCUUUCGAUUUGUCAGGGGAGACAAGUGUUCAAGAUUUUUAUUCUUUCUUAGACGCUGGUGCAUUUAUUACUGACCACCUCGGGCUUUACCCUCACGACACGGACAUUUCUCUUGCAACGUUUGGCAAUCAGUAUGAGACGAUUGUUUCUCUUGGUGAAUACAAACAAAAGGGAGACAUCAUGACAAAAUUGAACACUGCAAUUCGACAAAAUGAUAAAAUUACAAGAAUAUAUGCUUCGAAUCUUGUAGCAGGAUUGGAAAACCAUUUAUCUACACAUGGCCACUCAAAACGACAAUUUGUUAUACUCUUCACACAAGGUUUAAGUAUAAACGCUAUCGGAGACCACUUUGAGGAAUUUGGCAAGCAGAGUGAUGUGACAGUCGUGGUAAUAGCGGCUGGACUUAAUUCAGAUGUUGAGAAAUUGCUUCAGGUGGCAUCGGAUUCGGCCUACAUCUACGUUUUAGGAGAAGACUUUAACACAGACAAAACUGUUUUAUUUACCCUAUUAAAUGUUAUUGAAUAUUUCAAAUGUCCAGAUUAACAGUUCGUUGUUCUGUGACUUAACGUUUCUACGACGUUUAUAAGUAAAUAUAGAAUAUGACCUGUAAUGCCAUCACGUAUAUGUGAAUAACAUCUAAAACUAGUGUUGGAAAUUAUUUCAAGUUGACUUAUGGAAACCUAAGGGCAGGCAAAGCAAUUUAACAAGUAUCACAUUUUUAUUUCUAUCAGCCUCGUAAUACUAAUUCUUCAUGAAGGGCGUAAACCAUCAAUACUGUAUAAUUAAGAUUUUGGCACACUAAGGGACUUUUUCCGAAUUUUUAAGAUAUUUUCCCAUGAAUUAAAAAAGUAAUUCGUCUUCAUUACGUCCAACCCCAAUCAUCAAAGUUACAUAGAGCGACACGUCAACAAUGUCUAAAUCUUAUUAUCACAUGAUCAGAGUUUCAGACAUAAACACAGUAGAGUCUGGUAAAAUAAACACCAGUUAACAGAACAAAACUAUUUUAUAUGAAAAUAUUAUUGGAAAAAAUGAGAAAAAACACAUUUUGAUAGACGUGAUUUUUUUAUCAGUUUCCAGAUUUUUGAAAAUAAACAGCGGCUUCAUGAAGUUCAUCAAAUCCAGACAAAUGUUAUGACAGAUCCUUUUAUUUCCUUCGAUGUCUCUUGAUCAAUCAAAAAGAAAAUCUGUGAUUGUUUACCUUCCAAUUUUGAAGAUAUUGUACACAACGUCAUGUAACUACUCAUCUUUAUAGCUAAUAAAAAUCUUGAAAAUCA